AUGCUCCCAUUUUCCAACUACUACAUAUCUUCACCAUCCAUGUCCGAAAGCAAUAUUAACAACAACGUCAACGGCAAUAAGAAGAGGAAGAAGAAACCUCCGAUGACUAUUUACGGCGGCCGAGGAGGAGGAGAUGAUUUGGCGGUGGUGAAGGCGGCUGCGUGGGCUUGGUACCAAAGGAAAGAAGGCAAACCGAUCAUGAGAGAAUUUGAUCUAACAAGAGCACCAAAAACACCUCGACCUUCACGUUACAAGAUCGAAGCCACCAAGAACAUGAUCCUCUCUGAGAACAAGGUUUUAGCGGAGAAUAGGGUUUCUAAGUCUUCGCUUUGGUACACGAAUUACCCUUUUCGUGGGGAUCAAGAAACGCAGUACUCUCGUCUUCUUGACACUUACGAGAUCAAGAACAUCUCCAAGAGGCUUAAUAUUGAUGACUCUAAUCUCUCCGUGAGUUCAAGCAGUGUUUUCAAGCACAGUGGCCACCAUCAUCAUAAUCGUAAUCUUGAUUAUGGUUUUGAUAAUCAUAAUUUGUUGCAGAAGAGAAUUGGCUAUGAAAACCGUACUAAUAGUAGUAGAACAAAUGAUAACAAGAGUUAUAAUGGGUUCAUGAAAAAAGUGAGCAAGAGAAGUUUGUGGAAGGGAAUGAUUGUGAUGGGUCCAGGGUCUACGGUUUGUGGGAGAAGUGAUGACGUGGAUUUACGGGCUUCUCAGGCUAGCCGGAGAACGAUUAAGGUUGCAGCGGCGGCCGAGGCUCUGGUCAGGUUGGCGGCAAGUGGCAAGACUCACACUAGUCGUCGCUAA